UGACGCUCACAGGUCUUCGACGCGCUUUACGGUAGCAGGAGCCACACGUGUUGUGGUGCAUGAGGCGGAUCGGCAGCGAGUGAAGAGAUAAACUACUUACUACUAACUACUGAGACAUAACAGCAGCUGUACCAGAAUGUCGUUCCGAGGAGGCGGCGGUGGCUUUAGCCGAGGAGGUGGAGGCGGAUACGGCGGCGGAGGAGGUGGAGGCUACGGGGGUCGGGGUGGAGGUGACCGGGGCGGCAGGGGCUUCGGGGGUCGUGGCGGGGGCUUCCGUGGCGGGAGAGGAGGAGGAGGCGGCGGGUUCAGGCAGCAGGACUACGGACCCCCGGAGUAUGUGGUCGCGGUGGGAGACUUCGUCCAUCCCUGUGAGGAUGACAUCGUGGUGAAGUGCACCACGGAGGAGAACAAGGUUCCCUACUUCAACGCUCCAGUCUACCUGGAGAACAAGGAGCAGAUCGGGAAGGUCGACGAGAUCUUCGGCCAGUUGCGGGACUUCUACUUCUCUGUGAAACUCUCGGACAACAUGAAGGCGGCUUCCUUUAAGAAGCCCCAGAAGUUCUACAUCGACCCGAUGAAGCUCCUCCCACUGCAGAGGUUCCUACCCCGACCUCCGGGGGAGAAGGGCCCGCCCCGAGGGGGGAGGGGGGGGAGAGGAGGCGGUCGCGGAGGUGGCUUCAGAGGUGGUCGUGGAGGAGGAGGUCGUGGAGGAGGUUUCUCGAGAGGAGGUGGAGGAGGUUUCGGACGUGGAGGAGGAGGAGGCUUCAGAGGGAGAGGAGGUGGAGGUGGAGGGCGUGGUUUCAGAGGUGGGAGGUGAGCUGGCGGUCUGGACGCACCGCGACGGGCGGGGUCGGGAGCCGUACCUGGCCCCAGACGGAUCUGGACCUCGGUGGACUCUUCUCUACGUUCCUUCCUGCUCUUGGUGGUCUGGUGCUCCGCCAGUACGGACUGGUCUGCUCCCAGCGCUCCACUCAUGAACUUGAGACUCAAAUGUUUUUUCUGCUCGACCUGAAGACCUGAGGAGAGGCGUUGUUCCGUUCAUCUGAGCGGCGGCGACCGAGACGCUGCCUCUGGUUCCUCACGAUGACGAGGACGUUUCAGUUAGAUUGUGUGUUUUGUCAAGAUGUUUUAGAGGAUUGUGAUGCAAAGUGCGGUUGACUUUUUUUUUUGUUGACUCUUUUAAUAAACGUUGCUUUGCAUUUUUUUUUAUCUUGUGGACGUUUCUUGGACCCUGAUUGUGUUGACAAAGGGGAUGUAACGUGUAUUAUGGGCUUGCGUAACGUAUGUGUAUCAGUGACCGGGCAUCUCCACCACUGAGAAGGGGUCUGAACUAAUGCUUCAGUGUAAGGUCAUAUCUACAGUUUUUUUUGUUGGUGAAAUGGUGAGGGAUUAAAGGAUGGGUGGACUUUAUUAGUACGGAUUAUGAAGUAUUAAGAGGCUCAAAGUUCCUUGGAUGCUGUUGGAUUCUCAAUCCAAUACAAAGCUCUAUCGUUUCGGCCGAGGAGAUCAGAGUUUAAUCUUGAGAUUCUGUACAUUUGCACCACUGAGGGUCUGAAGAGUUCUACUCCCCGGAAAGAACAUCACGAAUCGGAUACUUCUACUUGAUAUUCGAGAGGGAGGGCGGUACUGUGAUUUACGAGGGUUUACCAAUUAAGAGGCGGGACUUCCGAUAAACGAAAAUACGUGUAUUUAAGUCAGAUAUUCGUUUGUGGAACACCAAGUCCAAAAAUGAGAUAUUUACUAUCCUUUAUUCUUGCAACGUUAUUAGGUUAUGUUUCCUCUUUUAGUCCGUUUGCAGGAGUUCAAAGCUCAUGACUUUCAACUCCAGUCUAGGGUUAGGGUAUAUCGGUUUAUAAUCUCCGGAUAAACACUGGAAAUUAUAAACGCCAAACUUCGU